AUGUCCGAUUCUGAUGGUGGCCUCAGCCUUCCAUCAAAUCCUGGAAGUGCCAGUGAAGAAGAAGUUGAACAAGUUGCUGUUAGUAGCCAACUUCUUCCAGGGGAAUCUCAGUGUUGUGAUGCUGAUUGCUUGGAUCGCAUUGCUUCUAUGCCUGAGUACUCCCGGAAAGCUGAUGAGAUACGACAAGCUAUCAAAGAAGAACUUGGAUUGGAGAAACGAAAUGAAUUUCAGUUUCAAGUCCUCAGAACUUGGAUGGCCGGUGAGUCUUCGAAGAGCCAGUCCCAGCGACGAUAUCAGUUUCAAGACUUGCCAAUUUGCCGCAUAGCAGCUUCUGACAUUUUGCAAUGCAACAAGGGCAAGGUGACGAAGCUGACCAAGGAGAUUGUGGAUGGGCGUGUCUCUGCUCCCAGGGACUUGCGCGUUGGAGGUGGCCAGGUGAAGAUGACUCGACAGGAGUCGCUCCAAGUGCAGAAUGCUGAGACCAUGUGGUGCUGGGUCCACAGUUUCUUAGCAGAGCCCCUUGCAGAAGGUGUGGGCAAGGUGAAGUUCGAUGUGGCAACCAAAGUCAAGGAACUUUUGAAAAUGGAUCCAGUGUCUGAAGUCUUCAAUGCUUCCUCCCUGGAGCCCAGACAUGUGCACCCGCAUGUUACAUUGAGUGAGCUGCUGGACGUUGCCAAGAACUUUCUCUCUCACUUGCAGCCACCGCCGUCCUACAGAACUUGGGUCCGAAUCUACCAUAGAUCUUGGGAAAAGACUGUACGCUUCAGAGGCGAAAACCAGCAUAGCAAGUGCAGUGUCUGUGAAGACAUGAAAGAGUACAAGCGACAGGCUUCGACUCUGUCUGAUGCCAAUCUGGUUGCCAAUGCUUAUGUCCAGCAUCUCCACUUGAUGCUUCAAGACAGGAAGGCCGAUGCAUUCUGGAGACAGAUCGGUUUUGACAGUGUGAAGAGUGGAGUGACCUUUCUUCAUGAAGGAGCAUCGACAUGGCUCACAGUGACAAUUGAUGGGAUGGAUUGUGCCAAGUUCAAAGUACCGUUGAACAUCAGCAAGAGCAAGCUGUUUCAAAGGAUGCAUCGCCCAGAGAUGAAACUGAGCCUGGUUGUCCGCCAGCGUGUGAUUAAGUAA